UUUAAGUGAAAGGAUCUCCAUAUAUACCCUUGAAAAGUCUCUUGCCACCUUCCGACCAUCCUCCAUUAUUGCCGUUGCGGCUAAAUAUAAUAUGUUAACACAAAGACGACAAAGACGACGACAUCGCCGUUUGCCACGUCUUCCCACACCCGUUCCCAUCCAUCGAGUCUAUCCAUUUGUGUUUGAAAAAAGUGUCCAAUUGCCACUGCCAAUACCCGAUCCUUUGCUUUUGUGGGUCAAUCGUUUGCUGCAAUGCCAAAUCGAGGACUAUAGCGAUUUCUGUAGUGGCGCUGCCUUCUGUCAGCUGCUGCAUCUUGUGUAUCCCCAAUUUAUUGACUUACGUCUGGUGUAUUUCCAAUGCAGUCAUGUGGUUCAAUAUAUAUUAAACUAUGAGUAUCUACAAUUGGGUCUGGCACGGGCUCAAAUCUUUUUUCACAUUCCCGUAGGACGUUUGAUCACAGAGGAUGAAAGGCGAGAGGCUCGCAAAUUGCUCAAUUGGUUCCAUGAUGUCUACGUGCAGAGGGAGCCGAAACAUCGUCGUGUCUAUAAUGCGAUUGAUGAACGUUUCGAUCAGAAAAUAACCAAAAAACUAAACCCUUUGGAUCGCAACAUUGUGUGGCAGUAUUUCUUUGAGACAGAGGCUCGUGUGGUGAGUGUAGGCCGCUUGACACCGGAGCCACUGAAGCAUUUGCCCGCCAUGAUCUAUGGCACCCAAUUGAGUCGCAUGGCCAUCUAUGUCAAUAAGGGAAUGUUCGGUCUGGCCAAUGUGGAAGUCGAACGUGAUUUGAUUACCCUCAACAAUUAUGGCGAUCGUGAGAGACCUUCACGUUUCUACUGGGCCGAAAGGGAUUUGGUGUUGGAUUUACAGCGUUUACGUGUGGCUCGUGGCACAUUGCCAAAGCGUCUGGAUGUUAAUCGUCGGCAGCGUUUCGAUCCACAACCCUGGGAGCCACCUUACCUGCUUCCCGAUGAGCUGCAAUCUCUAAUCACAGGUCGUUCGUUGGCGAAUAUCUCCCUGAUGCUGAAUGCCGUGGCCCAUGGUUGUUAUCCCUUGCGUUGCCUGAAAAAUUUGCGCCGUCUGUUCAAUGUGAGCCUUCUAAUGGUGAGCUACACCGAAUGGGUAUCCAGUUUGGUCCACCAACAACCCGGAGAUCUACUCAAAUGCAAUGAGAACGACAAUGGUCUUAUACUGGUGGUUAUUAAUCUCAAUUUGGCCAAUCUAAGCGACCUGGCCCACUGGUCGAAACAAACGCGUCACGAGCGUUUCCGAAAACGUCAGAUUAUCCAGCUGCCUGGCUACAUUGGUGACCAGAUCGAGACUCUGCGUGAAAUAACCGAACGUCGCCUGCUCGUGACAUCUUUGUCGUCAACUCUGGCCAAUGUGUUGCCCAUUACGGAACCUUUGGAUGGGGCCCAUGAGCAACGUUUGGCAUUGGCUCUCGAAGACUAUGUUAUGCAAACUCACAUCACAAAUCCAAUGGAGAAGAUUAAAAGUCAAAGCUACUAUAAUUCCCUCAUGCCCGACAAUUGUGUUGUGACUUAAACCCACCCCACCCCCUCUCCCCAUGCCAACAACAAGUUGAACUACUUGAACUUUGAAUGAGCAAUUAGAACUGGUUUUUGUUUCAGUAGUCUGUACUCACAUACUAACAAGUAUGUUAGAUAAAACCAAUGUCAUGGAUAAUAACGCGUGACUUAAACACUUGAAGAAAAGUAAAAAAAAAAAAGAAAACGCAGUCAAAUGUUUUAUCAUUCUUAAGCAAC